AUGCUCUCCUUUUUUUCCUCCGUCUUUUCGAGGUAUGUGAAUAUUGUUUUCCCUGGCAAACUGAUUCCCUGCAACUCGCUCGUAAGGCUGAUUCUGACUUCCAAGUCCAUCGACGUCUUCCGAUUUCAUCUGUUUCUCUGGAUUCGGCGUUUUUUGGAUGAGCGAGAGAGCGCGCGGCUUGCGGAGGGCGGCAGGGAAAUUCCUCUUCCGCACUCAUUUUCUGUGCGUCUCGAAUGGCUGAGGCGCUGUAGGGGAACAAUAAACCGGGGCUUCGCGCGUCGCGGAUUGUCUCAACGUCUGCAUAAUAAUAAAAAUAAUUCCGAUCACUUAGUAAUGAUUGCACAUCCGAAAAUUUCAAAUUUCGGCGCAAUGUUAGAUACUCUCUCGCUGAUUUCGGCAGAAAAAUAAAAACUUUCUGUUGAUUACUAAGAUUUUAGGUAUAAAUAUUUUUUAGGGCGCGGUCCUUUUAUAUAGGCCAGAGUUUGAUAAGCUGGUUGAUCUUGAUGAAUAAUUUUUUCAGCCUUCGUCUUUCAACAAUGUCAACUCCUGAAGAUGCACAACAAUCAACGUCUGAUCCCGAAGAAACGUCAUUGGAUGUCCCGUCAGAGCUCAAUAUGGAAGUGGAUACUCCGGUGAAUGAAGCGGUAUCAGAGGUAAGAUGACUAGUAUUGGAGAUCAUCAAAUACGUUUAGAGUCGACCUGGAACUCCGUCUCGUGCAAUGUCAGCGUGCUCGGAAGUGGCUGAAGAAGAUGUUUUUGGAACACCCCCAGCCAUUCGAAGACUGCGAUCCUCGGGAACGAUUGCUACCGAAGAGAAAACAGAAGAUGUUGUGACUAGAAGAUCUGUCAGAAAGCCGGCUGAUCAACGAUUUCUUCAAACUGAUAAGGAGAACAAGAAGAGACCUCAAGAUCAGCCAGGGAUUGGUGAUGGAUUUCAAGCCGAUAUCCCCGAGCUUUUAGAAAAUGGAAUUCCAGAUGAAGAAGAAAGGGAGUCUGUGAUGUGGCUGCCAAAGGAAGAAUUCCAAUGGAAUCCGAAUGUCAGGAAAUACAUAGAAUUGGCUAGAGUCUGCAGAUCUGUUGAUGGAGAUCAGGUGAGCUAAUUUUAUUUAUCCAUUUAUUCUUUUUAGGCUUUGAAACAUCUAUUUGAAAGAGAUUACAAUCUGGCCAAGGCUUUGGAAGACUUUGAGAAAUUACCUUUACCUCAGUAUGUUUGGAAGAGCAGAGAAGUUCAGGAAUUGGUGAAGAAGUUAGCUCAAGGACGGAAGGUUCAACAUGUACAAAAAUAUGUAGGUUUUACUUCGGCUGCUUAUUUUUAGUCCAAGUUGAUAUUGUUAAAGCCAAUCAAUUGUAAUCCUUUUGUAGUUUUCUGAGAAAUACGGGUACGCAGACGCCAGAGCCAGAGUUGUGGAAAAGCGAUACGAACUUCUACAUCGACUAUGUUACGGAGAAUCCCGGUGGGUAUGCCCAGCAAUGAUGGAGUAAGAGUGACUUCUCUUUUUAUUUAUAUUUAUAUUUAGAAGAACUGACGAUGGUAUAAUAACCUCGAGAAGAGAAUGCAAAAACUGUGCGGGCUCAUCCAAUGAUGACGUAAAUGCAAACGUCUCGUGUAAUGUAUGCGCCUUUUAUAACGAAAUAUUCGGGAAACCACGUGUGUUCAGCGUAAGCCUGGAAGACGAUGAAUACAUCCAAAAGAAUCUGGAUGCUCCUUUAGACUACAAUUAUGAAGAGUAAGCCUAUUAAGUGUUCAGUUUUGUUCUGUAAUGUAAUUUUUUUUUAUUUUCAGAGAGCAUUUUGAGUGUUUUAAAGAAUCGAAACUGAAUCAAAUUCGUAAAAAUAUUGAAUGGACUGAUGCCGAGAAGGUUAUUCUGGUCAGAGGAUUCCGGGAACUAGGGCUCAACUUUGAUGAAAUCUCGAAUCGACUGGAUAACCGAUCAGCGGAAGAAGUAGAGAGCUUCUACAUGGAAUUUAGAUCACGGUAUAACCUUGAUGAGGUGAGUGUCUUAUUGGGUUCUGUGAGUAUAAUUGCUGUACUUCUUAACUUAAUUUUUAGUUAAUCUCGAACUUCGACCGGGAACAAGAUGCUCCAAGCAAUCCCCGAUCUAGACGGGCACAAGAAGAUCGGACCCCAACUCCAGCUGAUGACAGUGAUAAUGAACUCGAUCCGGAUGAGGUCAAGGUCCCCAUACGACAUCCCAAGACUCGAUCGACAAUUACAACUCGCAAUAAGGCCCGUUCAGCUGUGGAGAGUAUGGCCUGA